UAAAACCUUUUCUCCACUAAUCCCAUAACACUAUAGCAUCUUCUUCUCGUUGUUUUCAGUUUGGGCAGGAUGGAAAUCAGAUAAUUAAAGAAAGAAAGUAGAGGAUCUGUCUUGGAAAGUUCCUUUCUUUUUCUAUGUAAAUUCCUCUGUUUUCUCAGUAACCAAACAGAGGUAUUUAUGUCUCAAAGAAAAGCACUUGCUUAUUAGCUGUGGAAAUUGAGAGAGCAACAACUGGUUUCCUGGUUUGCAAGUACUCGUCGUGGAGAUCAGUCUUCUUCUGAGCCAUCUUUAACACAUAGUAGUAAUCUUUACAGACCCUCCUUGAGUUUCAGGGAUGAGGGCUACUUCAGAAUCAGAAGAGUGGAUAUUUUUAGCCACUAACCUUGGCCUAGAGAUGUUGUCAGCUGCUUGUGAUCAGGCUUCCUCCCCAAGAAGACCACACUUUGCACUAUUUGGUAUGCUGUUGGCUAUUGCAGCUGUUCUCAUUUCCAUCGGGGAGCUAAUUUACAAAGGUAAAAAGGAAAGAGUAGUGUUCAGGAGUUGGGGAAUGCUCGGGUGGUUUUAUCAUCCACCACCUCCUCUAUAUAAGCGUUUUGGUACUCUUCCUGACAUUUUUGGACUAGUUGCUGGCAUCUCACAGUGCAUUUGCUCUAUGGUUCAGUAUGUUUACUGCCUUCGGCAUGCUGAUAAUCCUUUCAAAGUAUCCCUUUUGCCUGCCAUAUUUCUUGUGUGUUUAGGUGCUUCAAAACUAAUUAACAACCGAAUGAACGCCGAUACCACUGAUAACAAGGACUCCAGGGAAAAUUCUUCAAGUACGGUAGAAACUUUGUGGCAUGCAAUCCCGUCUCGUGAUGAUCAGGAGGUUGAGGGCAACAUAGAGCAGGAGCGGCAGCAGAAGGGGUUGCAGCAGGAGCUGCAGCUGCGGUACCUACCUAGAAAAUCAGAAGAUGUGUCAGAUAUGGAGAACAAAAGUAAAGCAGAUCAUGACAAAUAA